UCCUCGCUUUCUCUUCUCCCCUUCGAAUUCUCCGAAAACCCUCUCUUUUUCUUCUCCAAAUUCCUCUAAUUUCUCCAUUGUUAGAAGAACAGUUCGAAGAUCUCGCUCCCAUGGCUUCUCUGGUGCUAGAAUGUCAGCAGUGGAGCUUGAGCCAUCACUUAUUGUAAAGAAAAAGGCAUCUGAGAUUUCCAAUGAAUUGAAAGGAACAUCCAUUUUUCUUGUUGGGAUGAGUUGCUCCAUGAAAACAACAUUGGGGGAGCUUUUAGCUGAUGCAUUAAGAUACUACUACUUUGACAGUGAUGGUUUGGUUGAGCAAGCUGCUGGUGGUGAGGCUGCGGCUAAAUCCUUUAGGGAUACAGAUGAAAAGGGUUUUCGUGAUUCUGAGACAGAAGUUCUAAAGCAGUUAUCAUCUAUGGGCCGUCUGGUAGUUUGUGCUGGAGAUGGUGCUGUCCAGAGCUCCACCAAUCUGGCUUUAAUGAGACAUGGCAUAUCAAUUUGGAUAGAUGUUCCUUUGGAUAUGUUAGCAAAUGAGAUUCUAAAGACCGAGGCCUCGUCCACUAUCUCUCAAGCUACAUCCAAUUCUGAUACUUUUAUAGAGGUUAUGGAGGAGCUCUCAAAGGUGUACUAUGAAAUGAGAAAAGGAUAUGGAACUGCAGAUGCAACUGUCUCACUAGAAAAAGUGGCUGCUGAGCUGGGUUGUGAAGAUCUCAGCACGGUCACUGCACAAGAUAUGGCAAUCGAGGUGCUAAAAGAGAUUGAGAGAUUGACAAGAGUGAAGAAGAUGAUGGAAGAAGCUGCCAGACCAUUUUAGUAGCAACCAUCGAGGAUGGUGGCUCCAAGAAAUUAUCGAAAAAAGAACGGACUGAAAAUGCAGAAACCAUCAAAAAUGGCAAAAGGGGUUUGAUAUCAGUCCACUAAUAAAGUAUGAGCUCGGAUGUUGCGUAAAUCUUCAUGUAAAUUGCAUAGGAUAUGAAGUUUAAGUUUCUAUUGGAAUUUCAAGACCGAAGCCCUUUCUGCCUUGCUUGUGCACUAUCUUGUACCAAAAAUGUGCAGGCAACAAAAUUUAUGCCAGUUGAUGUGUUUUCUUAAAGGUAAGCAAACUGGUAUUUGUUUUUAACAUGUUCUGUAUAUUUGUAUUUACUUCUAUAAAUCACCUCAGAGCUUUCUGAUGGAAACCGUAAUUCAUAUUUUGGACUCAAAUGAAA